UGACGGUGUGCAUGAUUAUAAUGAGAUUUCCGAAUGCAAAAGCCUCGCAGGAGUUGAAUCGAAGGCAAAAAGUCCCGGAAGAACCUGAAAGCCUCAGUCGCUUCCGGACUCUUGCCGUGGGCGCACGCUUCUCCGAAUCCGUCCGAAUUCGUCGCAGCAAGAUGUCAGAGGCGAAGGAAACGGGCUUCGAGAGGCUGAAGCAAAGCGUCUCCAAGAACAAGAAGUUCUGGGCGUUCGUGGGAAUCGCUGCCGUCGCCGGAGGAAUCGGCUACAAGUACUAUUACCUGCCCAACAAGGACAAGAAAAACGGGGCAGGAUGCGACAGCAAGGGCGGCAAUCCGAACGGAGCCCAGGACGACGCCAGCGAGAGCAGAAGGGCGUCGGAACCCCGGAAGGAAGCGAGUGUGAGCGCCAAGGCUCCCCGGGGCGAGGCGGCCAAAAGUGGCUCCAAAAGUGUUUAGAAUGCCCUGUUCGGGUUCCUUGCAGCCCCACUCGGCUGACUUGUAGAGGAAGAUCUGAGUGUUGAAUAUUUUGUGUUUAAGUUACAUUGUUUUUCUAAUGUGGCAAGGAGAGUGACGUUUUUAUUUUGUUUUGAUUUAUUGUAAGUGAUAGUUGUUCUCCGCUAUACUGUAAGGAAGUUGCAUAGAUGUGUGUUUUCUCACUUGAUGAACUGUUUAGUUUAUAUGAAGUGCAACAGAAUGGACAUGCGUUUUACAGAUAAACAUGUGAUUUUUUAGGCAUGUACGUGAAUAUGUGUAACAUGUUUAUUUAGGCUCUUUCACCGUGAUUUUGAUCAAGAAACCAGUGCAAAAUGUAAAACAUAUUGGCUGAAUGAAGAUUAAGAUAUUAUUUCUAAUGUUUAGAGAUAUAAUGCUGUAUGUAAAGACAUUUUCAGAGGAUUAUAAAGUCAAAGCUUAGCUUAUUAAGGUUGUGUCUUUUUCAAACGAAAUAAAUAUUUAGUCAGACGAUUUCCAGUUUAACCUUGAUAAUUGCAUUUUUCUUCAAUAAAAGAGAUAACGAGUGAAA